CCUCCAUCCCUUACCCCAGUUCGUGAUGUCACUGUUGGUGGAUGUGACCUCUGCGUGUCCCACCGGGGUGCUGGUGCCAGUGCCAGGUCCCCCAGUCCAUGCCAGGGCCGCGGGGCUGGCAGGGGCGGUGGCCGUGCCCUACCCACUGGCCGAGGAGCAGGGCUGGGCUGUGGACGUGGGCAUGGUGAGGCAGGAGCUGCGGCGGGCACGGGCCAGGUGCCACCCCAAGGUGCUCUGCGUGGUCAACCCUGGGGACCCCACAGGGCAUGUGCUGAGCCGGCAGAACAUGGUGGACAUCAUCCAGCUGGUGGCCGAGGAGAAGCUCCUGCUGCUGGCAGAUGAGGGGCAGCAGGACCGAGCCUUCAAUCCCGACCACCCCUUCGUGUCGUUCAAGAGGGUGCUGUGGGAGAUGGGUGCCCCCUUCUCCUCCACCAUCCAGAUCAUCUCCUUCUACUCCCUCUCCAAGAGCAUUGCUGGCGAGAGUGGUUUCCGUGUGGGGUUCCUGGAGCUGGUGAACGUGGAGCAGGCUGUGGUGAGACCCUUCCAGCUGGCACAGUCCAUCCCCCGGCCCUGUGUCCUGGGAAGGAUCCUGCUGGACAUCCUCAUGGGGCCUCCUGAUAAAGGGGAUCCCAUCCAGCAGGCCCUGGAGGAGCAGCGGCAGAGGCUGUGCCAUCACCUGGCCCAGCAGUGGCAGCUGCUGCAGGAGGUGCUGGCCCAAGGGUCCCUCCGCUGCCAGCCCGGCCAGGGCGGUGCCCGCGCCUGCCCCCGGCUCCGGCUGCCGCCCCGCGCCCUGCGCCAGGCCCAGGAGCUGGGCCUGGAGCCUGAUGUCUUCUUCUGCCAGCAGCUGCUGGAGGCCACCGGGGUGCUGCUGGCCCCGGGGAGCGAGUUCGGGCAGCCCGAGGGCACCCAGCACGUGGUGGUGUCACUUCUGCCACCAGCUGCUACGCUGAAGAGUGUUCUUUUGGCCCUCACCCAUUUCCAUGCCACCUUCAUCCAAGCCUUCUCCUGAAUCCAUGCCCUACCACCAUGACAUCAUGACCAUAACCAUGCUGGUGGGAACCUAAGGACAUCACAACUGGUGGCUAGAGUGGUGUUUAUUGUGGUGGCCACC